UCGGUCCAUUACGACCUACUUACGCCCUGGACAGAUGCCCUUGGAAUUUUCGACCGGAAACAUACUACACAGAUAGCUACCCUUCCUCCGUUUCCAUUUUGUGCGCGUCGUUAUGAACACGCUCCUGGGAUCCAUGGCUUUAGAAAAGAUACACAGUGAUUCCAUCCGGGAUAGCCAGCUUUCAGAGGAUGAACAAUUCAGUCUAUGCUGUCUUUGUGGACAGUCAUUCCCUACGAUACGUUCCUUACACAGGCACAUCAAUAUAACCCACGAAGAUGUGGCCGAUGCCUUCGACUUUUCGACCAACUACAGCUCCUCUUCCUCUGAAGAAAUUUCCAACCUCCGGAAUCUUGGCGAAUCACCUUCGUUCUCAGGCGGUAGUUCGAUUCGUAUCAAAACUCCCCAGUGUGAAAUAUGCCUCAAGACCUUUUCAACUCUAUCCUACUUACGGAUGCAUAUAUCCACAGUCCAUGAAGGUGUAAAGGCAUACUCAUGUUCCAUCUGCGACAAAAGUUACACCCAGAAGCAUUCACUGAAGAAGCACAUUAUCAGUGCUCAUACAAACUCUGCCGUAAAUGGAAACUCCGAUGAACGUAUUGCUCUUCGUGUUGGACAGCGUCCGGGAGAAUUUUCAUCAAAUGACACGAUGGAACGUCGGAAACUGUGGGUUCACUCACCCUUAUCGAAAAAUCCUAGGCACAGUCCGUCGCAUUUAAAUAGCGCCCAUUGAUCGUGGAACCUUUUUGAAGAAGCGGACUGUUUUACGACACUUGGUACAAAAAGUAUUUUGCAUUUAGGACUGUUUCCGUACGCAUUUACUCUUGUUCUCCUUCCCAGAGUCAACUACCUCAUACCCCUUACCUCUCACUACCUCUAAUUUUUUACCGCUGAAAAAUGUGUGCAUUUAUUAUUUUCAACUAUUCUGUGAAUGUUGCAAGAGUGAUAAGGAAAUGAGAUUUUUUACCCUUUUCUUUUGAUACGGUUUUACGAUCCCGAUUGAUGUUGCCCCUCUCCGAUACAUCUUAUCCACCCACAAUCGCGGUGAGCCUACAUUCCUUCCAUUGUACCACGUGUUGUGUAACGUUUCAAACACGCAUCAUUGAUCUCACAUGAUGAUCGUCUGUUACAAUAAACUGCCUUCUUAUUCA